AUGGCUUCUCAGGACUUGGCCGCCCAGCCUGUGCCCCCGGGAGCUUCCUCUGCGGCGGAGCUCGCCGGCAGAGGCGCGGCCGACUUGGCCGGGAGAGCAGGGCCAGACGCCCUGCAGAAGCCCCCCUACUCCUACGUCGCGCUGAUCGCCAUGGCCAUCAAGGAGAGCCCGGAGCAGCGGCUCCCCCUGAGUGGGAUUUACCGGUACAUCGUGGCUCGCUUCCCCUACUACGAGCGCAACCAGAAGGGCUGGCAGAACAGCGUCCGCCACAACCUCAGCCUCAACGAGUGCUUCGUGAAGGUGCCCCGCGACGGCGGCCCCGGCGCCCCCGGAGAGCGCAAAGGCAACCUGUGGGCCCUGGACCCGGCCUUCCAGGACAUGUUCGACCAGGGCGAUUAUCGCCGGCGCCGGCGCCGGCGUCCCCGCCCUCGCGUUCCGCAGCCCCCCGGGCCCCCGACGGGGCGCUCCCCUACGCCCUCUCCCCUCUCCUUCCCCGAGCUGCCCUGCUGCGUGCCCCAGCGUCCGCUCUACCUGCUGGGCGAUCCCUGGGCGCUGGGCCAGCCGCAGCCAACCUACCUGCAGCCAGGCUGCGCCCCUGCCGUCGGGGGGACACCCGGGAGCUACAGUGCCUUCUCGCAGAGCCCCGAGCCCCGCCAGCCUCGGAAUCCUGGGGAGGCUGCGAGCGGCUACAGAGCCCCGGCCCCUGCGGCAGCCGCCCCGCUCUCCAUCCACUGGGGGGGAGCAGGAGCUGUCCAGCAUCCGUGGAGCGUCGGUGGCUUUCCGCAAGCGGGACUUCUGACGGCAGGUGCUCCCCAGGAAUUCCCACCCCAGCUCUCCUCCCCACCCUCAGUACAACUGGAUUUCUGA